UCCAGUCGAGCCGUGUGAAGGGGCUGGCGCGGGCUCCUCCAGCUGCCUCUCGUGGGGCUCCCUCCUCGCCGACGCCGCCUCCACACACACACACGCAAAACUGUUCGCCUUUUCCUCGUUCCAUUGGAAAACACACAAAAAUUAUGUGGCGGUGAAGCCGUUCGGUGGAAGUGAUUGGUGAUUCUUGACCCGCUUUGCCGCCCUGCACGGAGCCAUGUAUUGGAUGACCCCCUUGGUGAGCUCCACACAGCUGAGCCCCACGCCCACAGCUCCCACGGUGUCGGCUCCCACGCCCACCCUCCCCCACGCCCACCUGGCCGUGAUGUACUCCCCGGCCGCCUAUCCCGACCAACCCACGCCCUAUCCUCUCCCCACGCUGGGAGGAGAGCAGUCAGCCUUCUACACCCCGACGGCGGCUGGGCUCGAGCUGAAGGACUCCCUAGCCGCGUCGCCCAUGGCACCCACCUGGCCCUAUCCGUCCGUGUACUAUCCCUACGACACGGCCCUCGCCUCCUAUCCCUUUGCUGGGUACGGCGUGGGGCUGGACGCCGCCCGCCGGAAGAACGCCACCAGGGAGGCGACGGCGACGCUGAAGGCGUGGCUCAAUGAGCACAAGAAGAACCCCUACCCGACCAAGGGGGAGAAGAUCAUGCUGGCUAUCAUUACCAAGAUGACGCUCACCCAGGUGUCGACGUGGUUCGCCAACGCCCGCCGGCGGCUAAAGAAGGAGAACAAGAUGACGUGGGAACCCCGCAGUAAGACGGACGACGACGACGACGACGAUGACGAGAAGAUCGAUGAUAAAGACGACAAGGACGACGACGAGAAGAAGGACGACAAAGACAUUCUCUUCAGCGACGGGGACAAGGACAAGAAGGAUGUUGAGGGCGGGAGGUCCAGCGUGGGCGGCACGGGCGCCAGUUCCCCCGGGGUGCCGCCCACGGACGUCGCCCACCCUAAGCCCCGCAUCUGGUCCCUAGCGGAUAUGGCUACAUCGGGUGUGGUGGGCGGCGGCAGCGCUGGCGGCCUGGGGGCGUUGGGCGGCGGGGCGGGCAAGAUGCUGGGCGGCGGGAUGGCGCGUGGGUUGCACCUUGAGGGUUCUCCCUAUUCCCGCCCACUCUUCCCCCACGCCUCCUAUCCCUACAUCCCCCACAGUGUGAGCGAAAGCCUGUUAUCCUACUCGUACACGAAGUCCCUGGCGGCAGGCUUCCCUCCCGUCACCCUCAGCGACGUCACCACCGCCAGCCUCCUAGCCCCAUCCCCCCUCGUCCAUGAUCUAUCCAGACACGACCUGGGACGACCCGAAAUCUCGCGCCCCGAGGCCCUGCGACCGGAUAUAUCCCGCGACCUGCCGCGGCAUGAACUAGCCCGCCCCGAGCCCCACCGGCCGGACCCACGCCCGCUCAUGGACAAGGAUGUGUGAUGCCCGCACCCCGCCCACGCCCACAACUAAGUGUGUUUAAGUGUCAGGACCAUUGCCGAGUGCGGCCCGGUGUGGCCCUGGGCCUCUGAUGAGUGGUGGACCAGAAAGCGGCCCACCUCACCCUUUCCCCCCACAUCAGGACACCCAUAUAUGGACCAGUGCGGCCCGGUCCCACCCUCAAACGGGUGGGGGGACCUUUCCCCACACCCCCCUCUCCCAAGUGAGCGUAGAAAAGGAAGAGGAGGGGAGAGGGGGGAAUAGAUGGUGCCAGUGAGGGAUAGGAGGGAGGAAAUAAGACUCCCCCGUAAUGAAAGGAGAGCGAGGGAGAUGGAAGAGAGCGAGGGAGAUGGAAGAGAGCGAGGGAGAAGGAAGAAAGUGAGGGAGAAGGAAGAGAGUGAGGGAGGACGGCCAGUGGAGAAGAGAAGAGAUCAGCGCCCGCCAUUUGUCUUCGUGUCACAAAGCUAGCCUAGCCAGCCGCUCCUCUUCAUCAGAAGAACAUAAAAACAUAAUCGUCUGUCUUUUGUUUCUCACGGAAGCUAUGAGUGUAUCACCGUAGAUGCCAAAGAUAUUUAAUUUACGAUGUUCCUACGCGUUAUUGUACAAGAUAAUCCUUAUCUCUUGUGUUUGCCCUGGGAGUGUGUGGGCUGUGUUUGCCCUGGGAGUGUGUGUGUGGGCUGUGUUUGCCCUGGGAGUGUGUGGGCUGUGUUUACCCUGGGAGUGUGUGUGUGGGCUGUUUAUCCGGGGAGUGUGAGCGGUGUUUACCCUGGGAGUGUGUGGACUGUAUGCCUGUGUUUACCCUGGGAGAGUGUGGACUGUGUUUACCCUGGGAGUGUGUGUGUGGGCUGUUUAUCCGGGGAGUGUGAGCGGUGUUUACCCUGGGAGUGUGUGGACUGUAUGCCUGUGUUUACCCUGGGAGAGUGUGGACUGUGUUUACCCUGGGAGAGUGUGGACUGUAUGCCUGUGUUUACCCU